CUGUUAUGAAGGCAGCAACUCAGAUAACAUUUUUACUUGCUAGAUCAUUCUUCAUUGAUCUUUGUACAGCAGUGCUUUCUUUGCUUGCACGAAUAAGGGUCCUGGUCCAACAGAGUUUUUGCUGUAGACUCUGACCCUCUGGUACUUGUUUCACAGAUGUUACUUGAUGUUGUAUCAUUAUAUAAUAAGGUUACAGAUCUUACUGAUAGGAAGCAGGCUGUUAAGAUUAGCAUCGGUGGAGUGCAGGCUUUCAGAGAGUACUACCCCUCUACGAAUGAUGCCUGCACAAUUCUGGAUUGUGUAUGGGUGAAAGAUAAAUUUGUUUUGCAUGAAAAGAUGAAAGGUAGCUGUCAGGAAACCCAAGUUGAGGAUCAGAAGUCCUUUGGUCCUGAAUCUUCAAUCCAGUAUGAGAUGCUUGCACUCAUUAGUGAAGAUACACCAAACUUUGAAGAAACAAACCAGACAGCCAAACAGGCAGGUGCUGCUGCGGCUGAUCAACCAGAUAAAAUGAACCAUUGCAGUGAUGCUGGAGGUUCUCAAAGUGGGAGGCAACUGGAAAAUGAAAGUGGUGCUUGUUCAGUUCCUGACACCCUUAGUACUCGUAUACAUUCAGUUCCACACCUGAACCUCAAGCAUGAGACUAGGAAGAGAGUAGCAUUCAUUGCUGUUGGAAAUCCAAAGGUUCCUGGUGCAGCUUCAGAAACAAAAUCAUCAGAAGUAAACAAGAAGCAAAGACUAGACAUGAUUUCACAGACCUCUGUAGAAUCUGGACUCUAGAGCAAAUUGCUGAUUCUGAGUACGCAGAAAAGUCCAUCCUUUAAUGUGUGUGGAAAUUCCCUCUUCUUCAUCAAGGGGAAGAACAAUGGAUACGAAAAUGAUAAUGCAGCUUCAAGAUACAGCAAAACCUGAAAUGAUUUGUACUGUAGAAGGGGUCACUAUUAACUUAGAGUUUCUGAAGCAGGCCGUUUUUAUUGUUUCUUAACCAAAUUUACAAUGAGCUCCAAGAUUAUUUUUGUAGAGUUUGUGUAUUUGGGAGAUAUCCAUGUUUAUGUCAAUGUUCUGUAGCACAAUUUCAUAUAAUUGAAAGUUUUCUCCAAACGAGCA